AUGUCUGCAUCGCCUGAAAUGCAUCAUCAACAUCAACAGCUUCAACAGGAAGCUACUGCACCACUAUCUGGCGAUAUGAAACCCACUAAUGCCGAAGGGACUCCUUCACCAGAGCUCGCCACUAUGACAAACGUAAGCGUGCUGGAUCUGCACAAGGAUUACAAUGGUGGUGCCGGAGUUAGUCCCAAUGGAGCAGCCACCGGUGCCGGCACAGUGACUUCACCACACAUCGUUCAUGAUGGUGCCACCGAUAUGAGUCUGCCGGAUGAUGGAACGACGGAGAAAGUGUACGAUAAGGAGACAAACACUGUAUAUGUCUAUACAACAGCCGGUGGGACGGCAGGACAUAAGCUGGCUGCGAAUGCACAUCAUCAUCAGCUGACUACGAUCGUACACGGUCAGCAGCAGCAACAGCAGCAGCAAAUGCACUCACCAGAUCAGAUGCAUCCGAGUGAACAUCAUGCAGUCGCCGAUCAGAAUCUGCUCCAUGCACGGUUGAUCCAGCAACAGCAACAGUCAGCGGAUGAGCAACAGCAGCACUUGCAGCGGAUGUCUCCUGGCGAGCAACAUCAGCAGCAUCAUCAACAUCAACAAGUGCACCCAGACGAAGGUGGUAUCAUCGAUGGGCAUCGUUUGUUGCCGGCGACAAUAAACGGCAACGACGGUGGUUCAGGUGAUACGCAACAACAUCAUCACCAUCACAUUGGCAGAAUGUCGCCCGAGGAGCAGCAGGGCGGUGUACGGUUGCUCGAGGACAGUCACAUCCAGCGGCUGCUCGGCAAUCAGGAAAUUAUCAGUCGUGACAUCAUAAACGGUGAACAUCACAUCAUAACGCGCAACGAAAACGGUGAGACGAUCCUGACGCGCAUUGCCAUCUCGACCGCCGACCAGCUACUGAACCGAAUGGAUAAUAGUAUCAUCUACACGACGACCAGCGGUGCCGGUGGUGGUACCGGUGCGGUCGGUGUAGGGCCACAGGAACAGCUGCCGACCACGGUGCUACAGUACGAGAAGGACGUGGAGGACAAGCAUCAGCAGCCGCAGCAGCAGCACCAUGGCCAUCCGCACGGUGCUCACGCGCAUCAACCGCAGACGAUCUACGCUACGGCCGGUGGACAGCCGGACCAGACCCAGACGAAGCAGAUCGUGUACACGCUCGGUGGCGGUGAACCGAAGAACGUUAUCUACGGCGAUCCGAAGGCGGCUAUGCCACAUUUCGAGACGGUACCGGGGACCGGUGGUGGUGGUAGCGGUGGUGGCGGUGGACCCGGAUCGGGCGAAGAAGAUAAACCUCAGAUCGACUACGUUUACAACGAGGGCAACAAAACGGUGAUCUAUACCGACCAGAAGGGGCUGGAAAGUUUGUACGCAAACAAUGAGCUCGGCUUGAUCGAUGGUACGCAGAUUGUGGUGCAGGGCAAUCUGCAGUAUACGCAGCAACAGGGACCGGAAGGUACGACGGUGUACGUGGUGUCCUCGGAUAUGAACCCGGAAGAUAUUAGCGGCCUUCAGCAAAGCACCAACUCGGGCGCCAAGCUUAAUGGACAGACACUGCAAGCAAUGGAUCUGCUGCUUGGUGCACAUCCAUCAACACAGGCGAUCAACGUGAAGCGUGAGCCGGAAGAUCUGCGCAAGGAGCCGAAAAAUCCUCGCAGCCAGAAGGUAUCGUCGCCUUCGGUGCACAUUAAAGAACCUCCACCCAGCCCUGGAAGUCCUUCAACGGAAACCAUGUAUGCUGCCCCCGGCAGCACGCAGAUCUACCUGCAGGGUCCUUCCCAUCAGAAUAGUACAGCGGCAACGGCAAGCUCCAAUGUGAAUACCAACUCGCCCAGUCCCAGCUCUUACGCACAGUAUGAUAUGUAUCCGCCGAAUAGACUUGGCCCUGGUGGAUCAGCGUUCAUCACAGAGCCGUACACGUACCGUGAAUAUUUCGACAACCAGGGUUACGCACCGGCCCGGACCAUCUACGGUACGGCACCCGACUCGGAAGGUCCACAGCCAGCCACAACGUACGAGGGUCGCUUCACAAAGACCGGUUCGAUCUACACCAAGACGAUCACGUCGGCCGGCCUGACGGUGGAUCUGCCGAGCCCGGAUUCGGGCAUCGGUGCGGAUGCGAUUACACCGCGCGACCAGAACAACGUCCAGCAGCAGUUUGACUAUGCGGAACCGUGCCAGGCACCGAUCGGUAUGGUCGAUCCGAACGCCGCCGGCCAUAUACCCGCCUGUGUGGCCAAUCUGCAGCGCAAUCUAACGAUCAACGGUAGCCAACCGAGUCCGACCACAUCGCUGGGCGGUUCGUCGACGGCGGCCGCCGUUGCGGGGCCCGGUGCCGCGACGGCACCCCGUUCCCGACCCUGGCACGACUUCGGUCGACAGAAUGAUGCUGACAAAGUUCAGAUACCAAAAAUAUACACGGACGUUGGCUUCAAGUACUAUCUGGAAAGUCCGAUCAGCUCGUCCCAGCGCCGGGAAGACGACCGGAUAACGUACAUCAACAAGGGACAGUUCUACGGCAUUACGCUCGAAUAUGUGCACGAUCCGGACAAGCCGCUUAAAAAUCAAACCGUCAAGAGCGUCAUCAUGCUGCUGUUCCGCGAGGAGAAAAGCCCGGAGGAUGAAAUUAAAGCCUGGCAGUUCUGGCACAGUCGGCAGCAUUCGGUAAAGCAGAGAAUAUUAGAUGCCGACACGAAAAACUCCGUCGGUUUGGCCGGUUGCAUCGAGGAAGUAUCGCACAACGCAAUCGCCGUGUACUGGAAUCCUCUCGAGAGCUCUGCCAAGAUCAACGUCGCCGUCCAGUGUCUGAGUACGGAUUUCAGCAGUCAAAAGGGUGUUAAGGGAUUACCGCUUCACCUUCAAAUCGAUACGUUCGAAGAUCCCCGCGAUACGAGCGUUUUCCAUCGGGGUUACUGUCAAAUCAAAGUCUUUUGUGAUAAGGGUGCCGAACGGAAGACACGCGAUGAAGAACGACGAGCAGCAAAGCGCAAGAUGACCGCUACUGGACGGAAAAAGCUGGACGAACUGUAUCACCCGGUGGUCGAUCGGUCCGAGUUCUACGGCAUGAGCGAUCUAUUGAAACCGCCAGUGCUUUUCUCACCCUCGGAGGACAUCGAUAAGCUAACAUCCAUGGAUAUGCAGUUCUACGGUCACGAUGCCGACUCUCUCUCCGGUACCUCUGACAACGUCAAGUCGCCCUUCCUGCUGCACGCCAACAAACCGGCCACACCAACGCUGAAGUUCCACAAUCACUUCCCACCGGACGUACCGACUGACAAAAAAGAUCCGAGCAUCAUCAUGGACGGUUCGCUGGUGUCAAACCCGAUGGUCGACUUUACGCCACAGAUCAAACGUCAGCGAAUGACACCGCCGCUUAGUGAACGGGUUAUGUUGUACGUGCGCCAGGACAAUGAGGACGUCUAUACGCCCCUUCACGUCGUUCCGCCUAGUACGGUCGGGUUGCUAAAUGCGAUUGAAAAUAAAUUCAAAAUUUCCUCGUCGAGAAUUAACACUAUUUAUCGCAAAAAUAAGAAAGGAAUUACGGCGAGAAUUGAUGACGACAUGAUCAGACACUACUGCAACGAGGACAUCUUCAUCCUGGAAGUCCAACGGUACGAGGAGGACCUAUACGACAUCACGUUAACGGAGCUGCCAACGCACUAG